AAAAAACCAACACCAACACCACCACCAUCAAAAAACAAAUCCACAAACAAUCAUCAUACCCCCAAAAAUGUCCUCCGCCGACGCCUCAGACCAGCCCCCCCUCCCCAAAAACGCCGAGGACCGCAAAGCCGCCUCGGCCCUCGCCGCGCUCGACACCCCCUCCGACGCAGCAGGCACCCCCUCCAACGACAACGUCAACACCGAGGCCGUCUCCCAGGCCAUGCUCAAGCUCGGCGCCGGUGACGACAAAGCCAAGAAGCCCGCCUCUGCCGCAGCUUCUUCUUCUUCCACAGCUGCGCCUGCAGCCGCCAAGAAGACCGUCAAGGUCGACGCUGCGGAUGUCGCCCUCGUGGUGGACGAGCUGGAGGUGGCCAAGGCCAAGGCGACGGAGCUGCUCAAGGCGCAUGAUGGGGAUGCUGUUGCUACGCUGAGGGCUGCGGCGAGGGGCUAAACAAGUGAAAGAAAGAAGAAAGAAAAAAAAAAAAAAAGACAAAUAUAUAAGAAUACCUAUAUAACACGACUCUUGGAAAAUAGAAAAGGAUGCUGUUGCAGUGGGCUCUGCUGCGGGUAGUAUCAUUGCUUCUACUGUGGAAUACACACGUCGGUUCGAUAGAUACUACUCAACAUCUCGGCACCUGGAUACAAUCACCCACAACAACGGCUUGAGUUUGUCCCAAAGGAGGAAUAUGUGUUCUACGCAACAAAGAACACGCAUAAAAAAGACAGCAGUCAUCGGUAUGCACAACUCACUCUUCACCACAAAAGGCGUUCAAAAGCAUUCAUACCCAUCGCUACCAGCAAAAGGGUAACACGGAAAUCAAGUCAUGAUAAGAUAGCGCGCAAGUAAAUAUAUUUACUCUUCCUGUUAUGUUCAUUAUGUUUAUCUAAAUACCGCGGCUUGAAUUCCAACAUGUGUCCGCCUUGCAC